UUUGGGGGCUAUCGCUAUAGUUCAUCGACAACUGAUACUGAAUGAGGCAGCUCGACAACAAUAACAACCACAAACAUUAUUUGCCUCCAGCGGAUGGCUGUUGAUAGUCUCAGUUUCUUUCUAAUUGUUAAUUAGACUACAACAAGCUCUCGGGGCAGCAUGUGCGACAAACAGUGUAAAUCAGUGUGUGGCGCAAGGACAGGUGCACUUGUCGGAUGCGGCAAUCCGCUGCUCGACAUUUCCGCCACCGUUCCCAUGGAUUUCCUCAAGAAAUAUGAGAUGAACGAAGAUGAUGCAAUCCUGGCCGAGGAGCGACACAUGCCCAUAUAUCGUGAGCUUGUGGAUAAUCACAGGGCUGAAUUUCUCGCUGGCGGGUCGGUUCAAAAUUCAUUGCGCAUUGCUCAAUGGAUCAUUGGCAAACCAAAUGUGGCCGUCUUCUUUGGCUGCGUUGGUCAAGAUGAUUAUGCGUCCACCUUGAGAGAGAAGGCACGAGAGGCUGGCGUUGAUGCACAUUAUCAAGUGAGUGCGGACACACCAACUGGCACCUGUGCUGUGCUCAUCACGGGCACCCAUCGUUCGUUGUGUGCCAAUCUGGCGGCGGCCAACAAGUUCACCAUCGAUCAUCUGGAGCAGCCAGCGAAUAAAGCGCUCGUGGAGAACGCGCUCUAUUACUAUAUUUCUGGCUUCUUCCUGACCGUUAGUCCGCCCAGCAUAAUGCGCGUAGCAGCUGCCGCCCUUGCCAAGCAGCGGCCGUUCCUAAUGAACCUCAGCGCACCAUUCAUAUCGCAAUUCUUCAUGCAGCCGCUGCUCGAUGUCAUGCCCUACGUGGACAUCAUCUUUGGCAACGAGGCGGAGGCGCAUGCCUUUGCCACCGCCCAAGGUUGGCCCGAGAAGGAGGAUCUGCGUGAGAUUGGCAAACGUUUGGUUGCUCUCAACAAGCUAAAUGCAUCAAGGCCGCGCAUUGCCAUCCUCACGCAGGGCUGUGACCCGGUGCUGUUGAUUCAGCACGAUUCGAUUCAAGAGUUCGAGGUCACGAGUUUGGCGGCGCAUGAAAUUGUGGAUACCAAUGGCGCUGGGGAUGCAUUCGUUGGUGGCUUCCUGGCGCAGUUUGUGCAGGGCAAGUCGUUGGACGUGUGCAUACGCUGUGGCAACUAUGCGGCCGGUCACAUCAUCAAGAAUCCCGGUUGCACGUAUUCCGGUGCGCCGCAGUUUGUUGAAUGAAUACGGAACACACAGAGGAUCAAAUAAUCUACACACAGCACACACACACACACAUUCACAAGCAUACAGACACACAGACACUGACAAACCUUGUAAGAGGCAGAAGCAUUGCGCAAAUAGAGAUUUGCAGCCACCAACUGCAAAUAUUAAGUUCAAAGAGUGACUAAGACAAUUUAUUAACGUUGAUAAUUAUUUGUACAUAUAUUCUACACACACACACACACACUCACAUGGACACCCAUUAAUAUACUUUUUUGUGAGCUAUGCACGGAACAACUUGUGGGCCUUGUGGUUUAUAUACAAAAGUUAGAGCAAUAUUCGAAUUUAAAUUGAUAAUAAUAAAAAACAAAUACCACUAACAUACACAAAAACUAAAAA